AUUUCAGUAUAUUAUGAACCGUUCCACUGUAUAUUCACCCAUAACACUCUUACCGGUCGAUUCGUUUUUUGUUUUGCAUUACAAUAUAUUAAGAAAAAGUUUUGUUUUUUAGUGUCGAAUAUUUUAAUUUCUUUUUGAAUGUCGUACUACCAAUUGAUGGUUUUAAUUUUAAAAUUUUAAUUAGGGUUGAGUGUUCAAGAAAAUGAUGAUAGUGUGUGCCUACAUUUGACCUAGAGAUCGACAUAGAGAGAAAACAAAUUUAUAUUUUUCCAUCAAACCAUUUUCUGAACUGUUUAUCUACAAUAUUUAUACGAGUGAUAGCAUUGAUAAACAAUUAAAAGCCAAACGAGACUAUUGUUGCGAUAAAAAUAACCUGUUAAUAAAUUACCUGUAAUCAGUUUUGUAGUUAUAGUGCUAACAAUUUGCAUAAAAUAUACCGAACGAAAAAUAAAUAAUUGAAAAGGUGUUUUAAGAACAAUCAAAAUAAUGGAAGUUUGCUGUUUGAAAAUGGCUAGUAGAUGCAGGCCAGCUCGCGCUAUACAAAUGGAUGUUACAAGAAUACCGACCAUGAGCUCAUCUCAUGACUGUGGUUCGUUGUCAAGAGUGGUAAUGGUUCGGAAAACAGAUCAGCGAAUGAUUAAUCAUAAAACGCCCAAGUCGGAUCCUCAGUGUGAGCUCGUUACGUUUGAAACAAUUCAAACAUACCGUGGCCAUAAACCAGAUCGCACUGUUGUAAUCAAAGAGACUCAGGAUUUUCCCGAGUCGCAAGCACAGCGUUCUCCAACUGCACAGCGCUUCCUCAAAUCUCAACUCUCAAGUGGCAUUCAAUCUAUGACAAUAUCCACAAGCGAUGUUAGCCGAAUCGAUAGAUGCAGUCCAGUACGAAGCAUUACACCGAAUUUCUCUGUAAGACAAAAGUCACCUUCACCUCUGUCGCAACAGGGUUCAUUCAGUUUGACAUUCACCGAUUUUGAACGAGACUGUCUCAAAGCUCAUAAUGAUUUUCGCGUGAAACAUGGCGUUAAUCCGUUGAAAUUGAAUAAGAAAUUGUGUCGGUUUGCUGAGGAGUGGGCGAAAAUUAUCGCUUCACGUGGUACUCCUGCUCAUCGUAACAACUCGCCGUACGGUGAAAACAUAUUUUGCUCAUGGAGUUCCAGCAAUAAUGUGGUGGUGAAGGGCUGGGAACCGGUCGAACAUUGGUACAGCGAGGGAGAUACACAUUGCUUCGGAAGAGAACCGUCCACAUUGAAAACGGGUCAUUUUACACAAGUAGUUUGGAAAGACAGUCGUUUGUUGGGUGUUGGUCAAGCGAGGAACAGGUCUGGCCAAGUUUUUAUAGUGGCAAAUUACGAUCCUCCAGGAAAUUUUAUCGGAAGUUUCGCGGAGAACGUUCUACCAAUAAUAUCACAGACUCCAACACCCCGGAUUGUUAUAAACGGAAUAUCGGAAGACUCAAUCGAUUCCCUUCUGACCGACUCGUCCAGGGAAGAUGGGGAUUUGGAUAGAUUUGUGAAUGCAAUCGUUCGAUAUCAUAACGAAUAUCGUAAGAAACACGGAGCACCCGAACUAAAGCUGAACAAAAAUCUCCGCUCAAUUUCCCAAGACUGGGCUGAAACUCUAGCCCGAGAAGAUCGAUUCGCCUACCGUCCAAACUCCGAUUACGGUGAAAAUAUCUACUGUCUUUGGUCGUCCGAUCGAAAUGCCAAAGCAAAUCCGAAAAAUGUGUGCCGAUCAUGGUAUGACGAGGUGAAAGAGUUCAAUUUCGGUGUCGAGCCGAAGGGUAUGUUCAAAGCGGGCCAUUUUUCACAAAUGGUGUGGAAGUCAUCGCGGGAAGUGGGUGUAGGUGUAGCGAAAACUAAGAAGGGAAAAGUUCUGGUGGUUUGUAAUUAUGAGCCAAGAGGAAAUGUAGUAGGGCAAUUCAAUUCAAAUGUUUUGAGAGUUGUACGUUAAGAUGUGUUGUGUCGCAAACGUUUUAGGUAUGUAACCAGAGUGAUAACCUUUUUUUACAAGAUUUGUUAAACCUAAUUCUUGUUAGAGUAAUUUGCUAUGUUGUUUUUGUUGUUUUAAGAAUUUAAUAUCUAACAGUAAAAAGCAACCAACUAACAUUGAAUGCUCUAAUACACAAGCAAUGCUGUAUCAUUUUGCGAGCUUUGUUAGAGAAAAUAUAUCGUUAGUCGACGCUGCAAUGAUUCAAUAGAAUUACGGUAAGUGAGCCAUUACAUCAUUUGGCUUUUGGUCAAAUUAAUUAAGGACUGUUCUAUGAUCGCCUCGUACAUUAGACCUUCGAAUUAAUUAGAUUUCUCUAAUCAAGAAGAUAAUAACAUUUGAGUAAAAUACAAACUUUUUAUUUUAAAUUUUAUACGGAGGUCGUACGGAUUUUUUGUAUUCUUUUAACGACACUUAAGACAAAGUGCUGUAAGAAUGAAAAACAAACUUCUCGAACUAAAUUUGGAUUUUUCAAAUAUAUUACUUACCCGCUUUGUAAUGAAGAAUAAUCGAUUCUACGUCAUUCAUCCUAAUAUCAGAGGGAGUCUCUAAUUUUCUGCAAAAGUCUCAGUUCGAGCAUCAACCAAUUUCAAUUUUUAGUGAAUCCUUUUUGGGACAAUUUUUGUUUACCGUUGAAAAUCUGGAUUCUCAGAAAUUUAUAGACUUCGUUGUGUAACAGAUGACGAUGAGUAACCAUCAUAGAACACCGUUGCGUCAAAGGGCAAUCAAAAGUCAUCCUAAGUUUGCUUCAGCUGAUUCAGCUUCAGGUCCGGAUGAAAUUUGCCAGCCCUUUCCGGUAUACCCCGUUUACUAUAUAUUGGAGAAUGCAUGCCGAAUGUCACAAAUAGUCAGACUCACAAUGGUUAUCACAAAGGGAUGCAGAAGUUCGCAGUGUUAAAAGACGUAUUUAGAUGCAACUUAAGGCAGGCCGGUAAGGACAUAGUCUGAAAUUGAAACUUGACAACCAGAAAUGCCAGAAUGAUUAUAUCUUAAUCCAAGGGAUGUUAGCGGUACCAACAUAGAUUAAUAUCGCCUAAGCAGUCAGGUAUUACUAAAGAAUUUAAAUCAAAUUAGUUAUUAUUAUCGACCUCUAGUUCGUUGAAAGUUAUACUAAUGAAAAAAGAGUAAAUGAUCUUACCACGGCAGAGUGAAAUAAGCCAGGCAGGAGCGGUUCAUUUUUGACUGUAUGAAAAUGAACUCAAAUGAACAAUGACAUAAAUUGAAUAAUUUUAUUCGCAAAAAAUAAGGCUACUAGUAGAUAAUUCAGGUCCCUAGUCAAAUCAAGCGCUCCUGCCUGGUUUACUUUACUCUGCAGUGAUCUUACAUUUAGUAUGACUGCUAGCGAACAGUUAACUUAUUACUAAUAAACAGCCUCGAUGAAGCGGCUAACAGUGGCAGAGACAGAAAUAUGCGACAUGAGAAAAUGCAACAAAGUGAAUCUGUCGUAAAAUUUGGAUUUUUUUAGCGCAACAUUUUUGAAUGUUAAUUUUCAAGAAUUCGAUUUGAAUUGAUUGAACACAAGAAAUAAUAAAUAUUUUCACAAUUAAUGCUCGCAACAGGUCAAACCUGGCCUGAAACAAGUAAGUCUAAUUAAAAUCAUGUUGGGUUGAGGCUUUUAAUUGAUUGAUCACAGGAAUUUAAUCAGAGAAAAUCUCUUCACAUAAACUGAAUCAGAAAAAAUCUCAGAUCUAGAAUCUAGACCGACGGGAUCAUAUGAAAUGAAUCAGGUCGUUGGAGUGCUUUCCUAGGUUCAUAUCUCAAUGUAACAAUUUCUUUGGAUCUAUUCACAUAAAACCAAUUUUAAUGUUUAUGAGAACGAGAACAUUGGCCAUGGAAUUUUUCGUUUUUGAAAACAUUGAACACCGAUUUUAUUAUUUAUGAGAACACUGUCACGGGUGGCACAUUAUUAAUCAAUUAUUAAUAUAAUAAAAUCAUGAUUUUGCACACUUUUUCACACACAAAACGAAAAAUCAUCACAAUCAACCACAUCAAAACAAAAAAAUCUAAUUUAGAAUUUUCACAACUGUCACUUUUUCGUUGAACCACUUUGUCGCAAUUUGACGCAACGACAAAACGACUCUGCCACUGUUACCCGCUUCAUCGAGGCUGUUUAAGAUAUUCUUCUAUAUACGUUGCACUGUUAUACAAAAAAUCAUGUUCGCAGCUUGUGUCUAAACUGGAAUUUUGUUCAUAAGAUUUGUCGUCAACUUCGGCUUCGUCUCAGGUUGACAAUUUCUCCUUUAUUUUACUCAAAUUGUCCAUUUAAGCACAUGUUAUUAACGAAAAUAGCUAUUUAACAUAAAACAGCAUUGUAACAAAAAAGAGGUUUUUCAAUCAUUUUUCAAUUAGUAUUUUAGUAGAAUUAAACAAAUUCCUUAUUGAAAUUAUCAACUGAAGAAACGUGUUGCCUGUAGUACCAUGGACUGAAAUAUAACCGACGAAAAUGUUCAUUUUGAAUGAUUGAUUGGUCGAUUUAAAAUGAACAUUUUCCUCACUAAUAUUGAAAAAAAAAAUUGUGAAACGGACUGAUUAGAAAUGAUAAAAUCAAUAAGAAAGAAAUGUGACUAAAACUUACUUUAAUUAUACGGAUUGUUAUACCAAAGACAAAAAACAAACAAAUUAAAAAACACGCAAAUGAGCUUUCUAAUUACAUUAAGUACACGAAUUUAUGAAAUAAUAAAAAUUAACGAGGAACACAACCAAGCCAAAUUAGAUAAAUUAGUUAUAAAUGUAGGAAACAAUCAGUGCAAAAUCGUAAAGCCAACAGAAAAUAAUUUUUAGUUUUGAAGCCAAUAAGCACAAUUUUUAUCAAGUCCAACAUUUUUUGUCUCUUAAUUUAAAAGUAAGAUUUUCAUCAUAGAACAUAUUGGUGAAUUAAUGAAAAUAAUCGCACAAAAGAUAGGCGCACCUAUUUACUUCUUACGAAAUAAAAAGUUUAAUUGUUUUAUGUAAUCUAUUAUUGUAAAAAUUUGAUUUCGUCGAUUUUUUGUACCAUCACAAUAUUUGAUUAAAAUAAAAAAUUUAUUAAGAAUCA